AUGCUUUUUCCGCUAUGGUUGCUCCGGCUUGGUCAUUCCUACUCCUCGUCCGCCCCUAUGCGACUUUGUCUAGUCGGUGUUCUCCUCCUCCGGAUUGGGGUCUUCCUAGCUCUCCGAUGUGACUUGUCGCUUAGGUCACUCCGGCUAGGCCGUUCGUGCUUCCGUCCGCCCCUCCGCACUUCUUCUUAUUCUAGCUCGGGGCCGCCAACUAUGCUUGUCGCCGACACUUGGGCUAUAGGAUUUGGUUUUGCUAUGCUAAUGCUUUUUUGCUGUGGGUGCUCUUAG